AAACUUAUAGUGUUGUCGUUGCUUUAUAGUCAGAAUUCUUGAUGCUCAUGCAUUCAUAUUGUAUUGACUGCAACAUCUUAGUUUAUCAAGCCUCAUAUUUAUGAAAGAAAUAAUUUUUAGCUAUUCCGCAGAUCACUCGAUCAAGUGUUCAAAUGUUACUUUUUUAACAUACGCAGACAAAGAAGCGUCAUAAAAAGUGAAUAAAUAUAUUCUUUCAAGUCUAGGAGUCUAGCAUAAUUCAAUCACUGAGGUACUCUGGAACGAAUGAAAUGGACGGUAGCAAUCAGCAUGAUCAUCAUGUUCACUUCGAUGCAGCUGUGAUGAAAAGCGGGCUCCACGAUAAUUCCAUUAUCUAUCAAGUAGCAACUACUGCGAACUCAAUCAUGAUUCAUUUGGGGUUUCUUCAAAUAAAUCAUAGAUACCGGAUCGAAUUGAAUAUUCCUGUUAAACCACUAAUAAAAAGUGGACUUAGAAUAGGUCAGAAUUCUGAUUUUCUGGUAGAAGAAUCAAAGUUACCAAAUAUUCAUUGCAAAUUACUAGAAUUUCCCACCAAAUUCUUGGUAGACAGUGAAGGUGAAGAUAAUAUGACAGCUACGAUAGAAUUCUUUGCACACAAAGAAAAACUUGUUAAGGAGCACCUGCAUGUUUGUGGAAAACAGGAUUCUCAUGCUAAAUUUGAUUUAAUUCUUAUUGCGCGUGUACUGGGUCGAGGAAAAGGAACACCAAUGUUGCGCGAUGGCAUUCAUUUGAUCGCAGUGGAGGAUGACGAAGAAUCGGAACUAUCUGACUGGCAAGGAUUCUCCAAAAAAGAAUGAAAACUUUAUUUUAAGAUAAAAAGUUACAUAUUUUUAUGUAGAGGAAGGUGGUCGAUUGUCGGCACACUUUUGUUUAUGGUUCAUAACAUUUGUCCAACAGAGUAAUGAGGGUAAUGAUAUUGCCAUACACGCUAAGGUUCUUAAGGUAGCCUUACACCUCAGGAAAAUUUUCCGGCGGAUUUUGGUCCCCGUGCAUUUUAAAUGGGGCCGGGAUUUUGAUUUUCCGUGCCCAAAUCCCGAAAACAUCGCAUAUGUAAAAACACAUGGGGAAAAAAUCCGCGGAUCAAAUUCCCGAGGUGUGAGGCUACCUUUAAAGGUAGCCUCACACCUCGGGAAUUUGGUCCGCAGAUUUUUCUCCAUGUAUUUUUACAUAUGCGAUGUUUUCGGGAUUUGGCACGGAAAAUCAAAAUCCCGGCCCAUUUAAAAUACACGGGGACCAAAAUCCGGCGGUUUUUUUCGCCGAGGUGUGAGGCUGUCUCAUUUAGAGAAUUAAACUCAAAUUAAACUUAAAAAUGAUAGUUCAAUAAUUAUCGAAUAACCUGCUCGCAUAGCAAUAUUGCUUUUAAAAGAUAUCGAUUUUUUUUUUAUAAAUGUCUCAUUAGUUUUUUGGGUAAUACAGUGAUCGUUCGCUAAUUGGGGCACGACCUCACCCCAACUAGCGAAUGCCGUUCGCUUGACGUUUUGGGGGCGUUUUGACAAGCGUCAAUGUUGUUUACUUUUUGCAUUGAACAAAGGAAAAUUUUACGCGCCAGAAAAUAUCGACCCCGCCUAACACGGAAACAAAACGUCAACGCGUUUUUGACAUCACAUUCUGACGUUUAGCUGCUUUUUAAUUGGGUUUCGCCCCAAUUGGUGAACCCCCCCUAAAAAAAACCAAUUAGCCAACGUUCACUGUACCAACCAUUCUUAUUUCCUGGUGGUUCUCUUAUUUUCAAACUGUCACUUUCAAAUUUAUUUCAAAAAUAAGACAUACCUUAAAGGCUACCUUACACCUCGGGAAAAUUUUCCGCCGGAUUUUGGUCCCCGUGCAUUUUAAAUGGGGCCGGGAUUUUGAUUUUCCGUGCCCAAAUCCCGAAAACAUCGCAUAUGUAAAAUGCAUGGGGAAAAAA